AUGGCUAGACUUGGGCUGCAGCUGGCGCUGCUGCUGCUGGCCGCGCUGCUGGUGGCGGCGGGGGGCGGCACGCCGGUGCAGCGCGGGGGCGGCGGGGGCGGGCGCGUCGCCACCGACGCGCCGUCGCUACCCGGCCUCCACAUCGGGCUCAUCACACCGCACACCAACUUCGGACGGCGCGAGUAUGUGCGCGCCGUCAACUCGGCCACCAGCUCGCUGACGCGCUCACGGGGCCCCAAGUUCGCCUUCCUCAGCAAGUACAACUUCCGAGCAGAGCACGUCCACAGCACCCCCAUGCCGCUCACACCCAGCCCCAUGACCAUUCUGUCGUCGCUGUGCACGGAGUUCCUGUCGGUGAACGUGUCCGCCAUCCUGUACCUCAUGAACUACGAGAAGUACGGCCGCAGCACGGCGUCCGCACAGUACUUCCUGCAGCUGGCCGGCUACCUCGGCAUCCCGGUCAUCGCCUGGAAUGCCGACAACUCCGGUCUCGAGCGGAGGGCGUCGCAGUCGAGCCUGCAGCUGCAGCUGGCGCCGUCGCUGGAGCACCAGACGGCGGCCAUGCUGAGCAUCCUGGAGCGCUACAAGUGGCACCAGUUCUCCGUCGUCACCAGCCAGAUCGCCGGACACGACGACUUCGUGCAGGCGCUGCGCGAGCGCAUCACCGAGAUGCAGGACCGCUUCAAGUAA